AUGAUCUAUGAUUCUAAUGGUGUGACCUUUGACGAGGCAAAGACAAGGUGUAGUGGCAUCGACGCACACCUAGCAAAGAUUCGAUCCAAGGAGCAGCAAGAUGAGAUAGAAGACGUGCUUGUAUCAAGUGGAUAUGGUGUUCAUGGCAUUUGGUUUGGUUUAAACGAUAUCGCGGUAGAAGGUACUUGGGUGUUUACGGAUGGCGAACCAAUUGGAUAUUCUAACUGGUACCUAAAUUAUCCGCAACAAGAUAAGGUUUGCCUCCUAUCGCAGACUGCGGGAGAUCAAGUGUUGCCACAGUCGGACUCCCUGAUGAAUAUGGCGGGAUCGACGACUAAAGCAAGACUUUCACAGUCGUCCAUUUCCGAGGUGUUGGAGGCAUUGGUUUCUACCUCAUAA